AUGACAAGAGGAUCACCAUUCACCAGGGCUGGCCAAGAAAGGUCAUCUGCUACUCUUCUUUAUCUGUUACCUCUUUUUAUCAUCUAUAUCCUCCUGACGAGCUCGGAGUCCAAUGCUUCUCCAGCAAACUAUUUGAAGCAACAUGGUCUGCCAAUACAACAGAGCGCAUGGCGACAGGAGAGCUUUACUAAGCCUCGAACUCGAUUUCCAGACGACCGGACGAGCCUAUUAAGCAGUGGUGGUACAGUGGUUCGUAAUCAUUCCAAUUUAACUCGCGAUGAAAAGAAGGUAAAUGAAGAAGAAUAUGUUAAUCAGGCGCGAAUGGAUGGAGAAGAAGAAAUGAGGAUGAAUGGAAUGGCGGAGGACGAUAUUGAUACCAACAGAUACAUGGUCUACCCACCCACCAACCCCUUCUUCUCGUACAACGAGGAAGGCUUCUUAAAUAUUUUGGGCGACCAAGUUAAUGAUGAGGCUGAUAGCGCAAUCUUUGAGCUGUAUCGCAAACGCCAAUUCACGCCUAAACUAGCGACUUCCAACUUGUCUAGCUGUGGUCCAAAUCCUCUUGACGCUUGGCUCAGCUUUAUUUUGCCCAGAGAACUGAAUUUUCCACUUACAGGACCUGUCCCUGCAGAAAGCGUUGGCAGCACAGGAUUCGCAAAUCUAGAGGAAACAUUCAUGAAACUGCAGAAGCUACUACAGCGGGUUUCUUACUUCUUCACAGUACUUGAGCUAACGAACCCAGGUGGCUACAAUUUGAUGAUGCACGACCUGCACAAUUGGAACACUUGUAGACUGGCUGAAAAUCGCGCUUAA